CACUCGUUGCGGAAUCUGCCCUCGCACGUGACCGCUGGGCGUCUACACCCUCAGCCUUCUGCCUUCUCUCCACCCCCGGGCUAGGCAGCCCCAGGCUCCCCGGCUCGUGGCCUUGACCCGCGAUGGCGCUGCUGGGUGCGCUCGUCUGCUGCCUGUUGGUCGCCUGGCACGGCCGUCCCGGGCUCGGGCUGCCCCUGGCGCCCGGUGGCAGCCCGGGUCCCGCUCCGGCCAUGGGACAGUUUUGGCAUGUGACUGACUUGCACUUAGACCCUACUUACCACAUCACAGAUGACCACACAAAAGUGUGUGCUUCAUCUAAAGGUGCCAAUGCCUCCAAUCCUGGCCCUUUUGGAGAUGUUCUGUGUGAUUCUCCAUAUCACCUUAUUUUGUCAGCAUUUGAUUUUAUUAAAAGUUCAGGACAAGAAGCAUCUUUCAUGAUAUGGACAGGGGAUAGCCCACCUCAUGUUCCAGUGCAUGAACUCUCAACAGACAAAGUCAUAGAUGUAAUUGCUAAUAUGACAACCACCAUCCGGAGUGUCUUUCCAAAUCUCCAGGUUUUCCCUGCGCUGGGUAAUCAUGACUAUUGGCCACAGGUGAAUUUGAUUUCAACUUCCAAAAGUGUUUAAAGGAUUUUUCCCAUCAGGACUGUCAAAGCUAUGACAAUAACUAGCUGAUGGUAGGGAGUGGGAGCGGGGCUCGUGGAGGUAGGGGAGUGUGCUCUUAAUAACUAUUGAAGAAGGUAAGACAAGUGCUUUGGAGACUUUAAAGUGACUCUUAAUAAUCCAUAAAAAAAGUUAUGUUCAUAGUGAGUUAUGGAAGCAAAUUGCCUAGUUUGUGGAUUAUUGGUUCUUGUUUCCCUUCAUAUUCUUCCUCAAUUUCUACAUUCUUUUGAAUAAUUUUGUUGUUCAUUCACAUUUCCAUGAUAAGGUUAGCAAAGAAGUUUAAUAUUGACAAAUGUUCACAUCUUGCAGAAUUUCUAUCAGACAUACAAAGUUCUCCACAGUCUGACCUAUGCUAGAUUAUGAUUAAAAACAAAAACAUAGGUUCAGUUCAGUUGAUUAAGUGUCUGCCUUCAGCUCAGGU